CGUUGAUGUUUCCUUUAAUGUACGGACAAGCUUUUCAAAAGCAAUCUUAGAAUCUUGACGCUGCUACUUGAUAUCUACCCACGAAUCACGAUCACUUCCUUAGUCAGGAAGAGAAUACACGAUUAUUUUCAAAACGACAACACAAAAAAAACCCAGUUUCAUCUGAUUCUUAUUUUUGGUUUCUGAUAAUUAUUAGAAGGCGAUGAUGACAGGAAGUUCUUUUGAGAAGAAAAACGGAUAUGCCCAGAACCACGACUUUGCACAGUUGAUCUUUUCAUGGUCUCUUGACAACAUUCUCAAUGACAAGCUCUAUGAACACCAGAUGAAGAAGAUACCACUUACUUUCCGGUCUGAGGAACACUAUUUCGGUUCGUUUGUGUAUCCUUUGCUAGAGGAAACACGUACUGAACUGGCUUCCAAUAUGAACAUGAUGCACAGAGCUCCAUUUGCUAAAAUUUCUUCUUUUAAGAACGCCAAUGGUAAAGAGAAAAGGAUGUAUGAUGUUACUGUUGGUAAUUGGAGAAACACUGAACGCCCAAAAGAAUCUUACCAGACUUUACCUAAUGAUCUGCUUAUUUUAACACAUCGGGAACGUGGAUCUGUUUCGCGGAGUGUGGGUAGUAAAUGUGUUUUUUUAUUAGUAAAUUACACAGAGGAUGAUGCUAGUGGUACACCCGUACAGUUUAAAGUCACUGCAUCACAAAACAUUGAACUCCAUGAUGAAAUGUUUGUUGUUUUCUUGAUGAAUAUAACAACCCAGAAAAGAAUCUGGAGUUCAUUGCAUAAUCAUGCAAAUCUUGAUAUUAUCAAAGAGAUUCUUUACCCCAAUUCUGUGGUUAAGGAGAAAUGUAAUAUUUGUUCAUUACGUUGCAAUAGUUCUCUCCAAAGAUUUGAUCAAAGUCUUGUUUCUAAACUGAAUGAAUCCCAGAAAGCAGCUAUUAUGGCUUCGAUUGGUAAAGUGGAAUGUUGCCAUAAAUCCUCUGUGGAACAAAUAUGGGGACCCCCUGGAACAGGGAAAACGAUGACAGUAAGUGUGAUGCUCUUUAUCUUCUUGCAAAUGAAGUGCAGGACACUUACAUGUGCUCCAACUAAUGUUGCCAUAGUAGCAGUAGCUUCACGUGUUCUAAGCUUGGUAAAGGAAUCAUCUAAAACUAUAACUGCAAGUGGUGAUUCGUUUUGUUCCAUUGGAGAUUUGCUAUUGUUUGGCAACAAGGAGAGGUUGAAAGUUGGAACAGAGAUUGAAGAAAUCUAUCUGGAUCAUCGGAUUGAGAGGCUUACACAGUGCUUUGGAUCUCUAACUGGUUGGAAGCAUUGCAUGAAAUCUAUGAUUGAUUUACUUGAAGAUUGUGUUUCUCAGUAUCAUGUUUAUGUAGAUAAUGAAAAGUUUAAAGAAGAACAACUUCGAAAGGAAAAGGAAAAGAAAAAUGAAAGUGAAACCAGCAAUGUUUAUGUAGAUAAUAAAAAGUUUAAAGAAAAACAACUUAGAAAGGAAAACAAAAGUCAAACCAACAAAAACAUGAAAGUCAAAUCAUUCAUGGAGUUUGUGCGAGAACGAUUCAGUUCUUGUUUACUUGCACUCAAAAGGUGCAUCAUCACAUUUUGUACUCAUAUCCCACGAAGUUUCAUAAAGCAAGAAAAUUUCCAAGCCAUGGUGUUACUUUUGGAUAAGCUAAGUUCUUUGAAAUCGUUGUUGUCUCACAAGAAUCUGGUUUCCCAAGAACUUGAGCGCCUUUUUGUUUCUAAACCUAUGGAACAUGAUUUUGUUAAAUCAGGAAAUAUGUCAUCCAUAAAUUCUGUCAGAAUCAUAUCCCUUUCUCUUCUAAAAACUCUUCAGACUUCUCUGGGAGCACUCAAGCUUCCAAGUCGUGAUCCAAGUAAUUCAAGUGCUUACAGAGAUGCAAUGACACGGUUUUGUUAUGAAAGAGCUUCUCUUAUAUUCUGCACAACUUCUACUUCCUUUAAGUUGCAGAAAUUCAAAAUGGAGCCUUUGAAGUUAUUGGUUAUAGAUGAAGCUGCUCAGAUGAAAGAAUCUGAAGCCAUCAUUCCCCUCCAAAUUCUUGGAAUGAAGCAUGCUAUUCUCAUUGGAGAUGAGUGCCAAUUACCUGCAACAGUUAAAAGCAAUGUUUCUAGUGAAUGCGGAUUGGGAAGAAGCUUAUUUGAAAGAUUGAGUUUGUUGGGUCAUUCUAAGCAUCUACUGAAUGUUCAAUACAGAAUGCAUCCUACAAUAAGUUCCUUCCCAAACAGGAAGUUUUAUCAAAAUAAAAUUCUGGAUGCAGAAAAUGUGACAUGUAAAAGCUAUGGAAGGCAAUAUCUUUCAGGGCCGAUGUUUGGUUCGUAUUCAUUUAUAAAUAUUGUUGGUGGAAGAGAAGAAGGGGAUGAUGUCGGGAGCAAAAGAAACAUGGUUGAGGUAUCUAUUGUGGUUAAGAUAGUGCAGAAACUUUAUGAAGAAUGGCAGCAGUCCAAGAAAAAGCUUAGCAUUGGUGUUGUGUCUCCUUAUGCUGCACAAGUUGUAUCGAUUGAAGAGAAACUUCGUUACAAGUAUGAGAAACGUGAUGGAUUUUCAGUAAGUGUAAAGUCAAUCGAUGGAUUUCAAGGUGGAGAAGAAGAUAUCAUAAUUUUAUCUACUGUAAGAUCGAAUAGCCAUGGGAAUGUCGGAUUCACUUCUAGUCAUCAAAGGACUAAUGUUGCCUUGACCAGAGCAAGGCAUUGUCUCUGGAUAUUGGGUAACGAAAGAACCCUAGCUCGUAGUGACUCGAUAUGGAAAGAUUUAGUGAAUGAUGCGAGAAAUCGUCAUUGUUUGUUUGAUGCUGCUGCUGAUAAAUGCUUCAAGGAGAUAAUAAUCGAUGCAAAGAAAGAGGUAAAACCACUUAAUCAUAUGGUUGAGGGAAAGAGCAAGGAGAAUCGGAUUGAAAAGAACAAAGGUAGCAACAUUCCAAACACAUUUGCUUGUAAUGAACAACAAAGAAGCAACAAGAACACUCAGGAUGCAAAAAUCGAUGUGAAAGGGAAGGGGAAGAUGAGUGAAAUGAACAAAGAUAGCAGCAGUUUAAAUACACUUACUACUGUUCUUGUGGAUAGACAACAGAGUGUUAGAGAAACUACUACCCUACUAAGAGCAAACAAUGACAUGAAACCGAAGCCAUCUCCUUUUGAAUUUGAUACAAGGAUAGAGACAUUAGAGUGGGUGAAAGGUGGUAGCAUUCUGUGUUUGGCGACAGGAUUAUUAUUCUUGGGAAUUCGCAUCUGGAGGAAUAUUUGAUUAAAUGGAAAUGGUGCAAAUUGAACCUUCAUGUAAAUAAGUUAAAAGGAGAAAGAGAAUUAAUGAAAAGAGAUCUUAUUCACUCUCAUUUUAUUCUCCUCUCUAGGAACUUAAGAGAGG